AUGGACAAGGGAGAGGAAGAUGCUGCCAUCAAGGAAGCAGCACGCGUUUUCAUUGAAAAUGUGAUAAGCAAUGCAAAAGAACAUCUUCUAGGUUUGCCAAAAAAAGAAGCUGAAUAUGCAAUCAAAAAUAUUCAGUGGACCACAUGCAAGAACUUCACAGUGGAGAGAGGACAGCAGCAGAUUGAAGAAUACAUUUCUCAGACAUGGGAGUUUCAUGAGAGCUGGCUUCACUAUCUGGAAUUUCUCCAGGAAGAGGAACUGAAGUAUAGCAAGAGGUACCACUACAGAGUUUGCUGGAGCGUCCCAACACGCAGAAAACCUAUCCCACGAGCCACAGCAAGCAUCUAUUUCAUUAUAGAGGUCUCCAAAAUCAAACCAGCUACCUUGCCUGUGGAGGUAUUCUUCAUUCUGGAAUCGAGCAGGCUGAUUCACAGGCCAGAACAGUGUCGAUUUAGAGAAAAAUGGCUUAAGGACAUCAUUGAAAAUAAAAUCAUCCUCAUGGAAAGCCUUACUUUCUAAGGAACAGCUCUAACUCACCGUCACCAAUGUGAUAUCUAUCAGUAUUUUAUGGAUAAUGAAAUACACAUUAAAAAGAAA